UGAACACGGUGUAAAUCAGCCGAGCGCGGUGUAAAUCCAAGUGUGAGAAGGCUGCUCAUAACCCCCGCAGGUGCACCGGGGCCGCGCAGUCUGCCGAGAAAAGCCUUCUCCCCAGGGCAGGAGUUACUUUUGCCUCUCAGACAAAAUGUUUCUGAGCUCAUCACCUGAGACACCCAGGAAGAUGAUCAGCUGCAGAUUUGUCACCAUGAACCUCUUGUCAUUUGAGUCCAUCUGCAUUUUCCUGCUUUCCCAAGCUUUGCUGGCAUUGGGUAUGCAACAAAUCCACGUUGGCCCGGAGAUGAUUGGCAAGAUCUCAGCUGCUGGCCAGUUGAUGCAGUGCUCUGCCUCAUUAGAUGUCCUUUUCCUCCUGGAUGGCUCCUACAGCAUUGGCAAAGGAAGCUUUGAAAGGUCCAAGCACUUUGCAGGCAAGCUCUGUGAUGCCUUGGACAUCCAUCCAUCCAGAGUCCGUGUGGGAAUGAUACAGUUUAGCUCAACUCCCCACCUUGAAUUCCCACUGGAUUCUUAUCUAACCAAACAAGAAGUGAAAGAGAGAAUCAAGAGGACUGUGUUCAGAGGUGGAAGCACAGAGACAGGUCAGGCUCUGAAGUACAUUCUCCACAAGGGUUUUCCUGGUGGCAGAAACUCAAGUGUCCCUGAAGUCCUGAUCAUCAUUUCGGAUGGAAAGUCCCAGGGCAGCACUGCAAUGCCUGCAAUGCAGGUGAAGGGGAGACACAUCACAGUUUUUGCUGUGGGAAUCAAGUUUCCAAGGUGGGAGGAGCUGCAGGUGCUGGCCAGCGAGCCCCCCGAGCGGCACCUGCUCUUUGCUGGAGAUGCUGACGAUGCUGCCAACGGCCUGUACAGCACCUUGAGUGACCCUGUCUGCACUGCCACCGCUCCAGGCUGCAAAGUUGAGUCCCACCCUUGUGAACGCAGGACCCUGGAGACUGUGAAAGAGCUGGCUGGCAACUAUGUGUGCUGGAAAGGCUCAAAGCAGCCCAAUGCAGUGCAGGCUUCACUGUGCCCUUUCACCAGGUGGAAGCGAGUCUUGAUAAAAUACCCAUCCAGAUGCUUCCGAACUGUAUGUCCAGACCCUUGUGACUCCCAGCCGUGCCAGAAUGGUGGCACGUGUGUCCCAGAGGGACUGGACAGAUACCACUGCCUCUGCCUGCUGGGCUAUGGAGGAGACGCCCACUGUGCAGCAAAGCUGAGCCUCGAGUGCGCUGUGGAUCUCCUUUUCCUGAUGGACAGCUCAGCAGGGGUCACGCUGGAAGGGUUCCUGCGCUUCAAGGCCUUCCUCAAGAGAUUCCUCCAGGCCGUGGUGGGCCAGGACUCGCCAAUGAGCGUGGGGGUGGCCCAGUACGAUGAUGAUGUCAAGGUACCCAUUGAACUGGGCCAACACAAGGACACACUCAGUCUCAUGAAGAGUAUUGAUGCCUUGAAUUUCAGUGGAGGAAGAACCCUGACAGGCAGAGCCCUGCAAUACAUUGCACAGCACGUUUUUAGGAGUACCCCAGUCUUUGCAGAUGUGCAGGAUGAUCUCCCACGUGUGGUUGUCCUGCUCACUGACUCCAAGUCCCAGGAUUCGCUGGCAGAAGCCGCUAAAUAUGUGAAGGACCAAAAUCUGUUCCUGAUUGGCAUAGGCAGCAGCUUCGUGAGAGCUGAGCUGACCACAGUGACUGGCAAUCCACAGCAGACCAUUGUCUACUCAGACCCUCAGGACCUCUUCAACAGGAUGCCAGAGCUGCAGAGAAAAAUCUGCAGUGUGGGCAAUCCUGAAGGCUGCCAGGCCCAGUCUCUUGAUUUGGCAUUUGCUGUGGAUGCCUCGUCUGGAGUUGGCCUGGAAAACUUUCUGCGUCUGAGGCACUUUGUCAGGAGCAGCUGUUUGCACUUCAUCAUCAACCGGGAUGUCACCCAAAUUGCCCUGGUGACCUAUGGCAGCAAGGCUCACACUGUGUUUGCUUUGGACACCCACACAAGCAACUCUGCUGUUCUCCAGGCCAUCAACCAGGUGCCUUUCCUUGGGGACUCAGCCUCUGCUGGCAGUGCCUUGCUGCACAUUUACAGUGAUGUAAUGACUGUGCAGAAGGGAGCAAGACCUGGUGUCAACAAGGUGGUGGUGCUGCUCACCAACGGAGGGGGCAUGCAGGAUGCAGCUGCCCCAGCUCAGCAGCUGAGGCACAACGGCAUCUUGGUGUUCAUGGUUGUCAUUGGGGACACAGAGAGGGACCUGCUGCUGAGAGUUGCUGGGUCUCCCAACUACCUGGUCCACAUCUCCUCCUAUGAAGACCUGCAGUAUUACCAAGGCCUUAUCAUCGAAAGGAUCUGUGAAGAAGCAAGAAGCCCCGUGAACCUGUGCAAGCCCAACCCCUGCAUGAACCAGGGCGUGUGCAUCCUUGGGCCAGGGAGCUACCGCUGCGAGUGCCACGGCUGGGAAGGACCCCACUGUGAGACCAGAGUUCUCCGGGGUGAUUCUCCAAGAUCUCCAGCCCUUCCUCCACGUUCCCAUGUGCAGUGGAGUCCAAGGGGUUUGCAGCACUUCUCCAGAGCCCUCCAGCACAGCAAAAGGCAAACGGAUCAGAGGCAUCGACACAGAUGAGCCAAGUGCUCCAGUUCUCCAUCCAGGAACACUUCCUGCCACUCACAGGCACCAUCAGAAACUGCCCUUGGCAGUGAUGGAGUCACUCCAGCAUGGAGACUGUGUUGAGGCCAUUCCCAAUUCCUGCAUUGCACAAACUGGGCUUCCAGCACUCUCUUUCUUUCAUAAUUGAAGUAAAUAUUUGUGUUUAAGUA